ACUCCAACCACUGAUCGCUCUCCAGCUAUUCUCACCUGCACCACUUGGAUCUCCUCUUCUCUGCGUAGCUGAACGGGCCAGCUGGGCUCCUAGAUAUCCUAGCUAGCUAGGCUCCUAGCUAGUUUGACUACUAUCUUGGUAGGUACGGUGAUCGUCGGAUCAGGCAUAUGGCGACCGCGACGACGGAGCAACGGCUCGGCCACGCCGGUGAGGACGACGAGCAGCGGGGCUUCGUUGACUGCGACGGCGGUGACCGCGGCGUCGUGGCGAGGGAGGCGGCGAACCGGCGGGUGUCCCGCCUGGCUGUUGAGGGCGGUGACGCCGGCAGCAGCACGGCCGCCCGUGCCCAGGGCGUCUUGGCCGGCAGGCCGGGGAGGCUGCAGGACGACGCGGUGGCGGCGCGGCGCCGGCGCUCGUUCGGCGGCGCGCGGGCGCUGCCGCCGCCGCACGCGUGGCUGGCGAUCGAGGACACGAAGAGGCGGCAGCAGCAGCACGACGGCGACCCGGAGGCGGCGGAGGAGCAGUGGGCGCGGUUCCUCGGCGCGGCGGGGGCCGCCGCGAGGCAGCAGCAGCGGCGGAGCAGCUUCACGGUGGUGCGGCGCGAGCGCGCGGCGCGGGAGGCGUGGCUGGACCGCGCGUGGGAGAUGAAGCGGAGCUGGCACGAGCGCAACGGCGGCGCCCCCGACGCGGACACCCCCGUGGUGGUGGUGGUGGGGAAGGGCGGCGGCGGGGGCGGCGCGUCGGGCGCCUCCUCGCCGGCCCACUCCCAGCACGCGGGCUCCGUCGGCGGCGGCGGCGUGGCCAUGGACGUGGACGAGGUCCGCGCGUGCCGCGACCUCGGGCUGGAGCUCCCCCCCGACUGCACCGUGGAGGUCCAGUGCUACGGGCUGACGUCCGGCGGCAGCAGCCCCACCCACACCGCCAGCAGCGGCACCGACUCCCCCUGCGCCGUCUCCAGCCCCGGAGGAGCUGAUCCGAUGGACGUGAAGGCUCGGCUCAAGGUGUGGGCGCAGGCGGUGGCGCUGGCCUCCACCACCCAUCUCGGCUCUUGAUGAUGCACCCAUGCACAUAUGCUUCGCUUCAUUCAUCGAUUAUUAUCCGUUCCGAUCCGAUCUUACAAGCGAGCAUGUGGCAUCUAUAGCAGCAUACUCUCUCUCUGUGUGUGUGUGUGUGUGUGUGUGUAUAUAUAUAUAUAGAUAUAUAUAGACACACACACAAAGCAAGCGAACAAGCUGGCAUCGAGUGUUUUUUUCUUUCAGCCAUAUCAUACAUGGUUUCUCUAAUAUAGCUAGGAGGAUAUGCAAAUUAAAUGUGUGUUUACACCGCUUAUUUUUCUUCUUCUCCUUCUUCCAUUUCUUUUGUUUUGGGGUCUAAACGUGCUUAUGCUAUAUGCAUUGGAGUAAUAAGUACCUAUCUAAUCGAUCUCUGUGUGUACUUGUACCGCUCCUUAUUAAUCUUCCAUUUGUAAUUGGAAUAACUUUGUAAACCUCGAGUGCGAUAUAUGUAUAAUUAACCGUGUGUGCCGUGUGCGUGUAAUGAACCAUUUGUAUGUAAGGAUGCAAGUGGGUAUCUAGUAGUAUUUUUUGGUCAGCUAAUUAAUUAA